AUGAGGACUCAUACCGGUGAGAAACCGCACAGUUGUUCGAAAUGUGGGAUGAAUUUCGCCGAUCCAUCGAAUCGGCUUAGACAUAUGAUAAUCAUUCAUACUGGUGGAAAACUGCACAAUUGUUCUGUGUGCAAUAAAACAUUCUCGCUAUUACAUAACAUGAAACGUCACAUGAAGAUUCAUGACAAUGAUAGGCAGAAAUUCAGCUGCCCUGUAUGCAGCAAAGCUUUUGUGACGGAAUCCUAUUGGAAAAAACACAUGGAGAAUUGCACCUUGAAUGAACUGAUAGACGCAUUUUAA